AUGAGCAAAGAAGUGCUGGAAACGGAGAGCUGUUACGAAAUGGAUUUCACGCAACGUUGCGGAGACAAAGUCGACGUCAGCAAAGACCAGAAAGUCUCUAUAAUGGUAAAGAAAGUGAAAGUUCCCGUUGGAGGUGAGAAUAAAGCCUUGAACUGCACCCACUGCAAAGUGACGUGUCAAUACCCUGGCAAUUCAAACAUUUCGACCGCCGAGUCUUCUUCCUGCCCGGCCUUUGAGAUGGAAGACAUGGGGGCAGCCGCACUUGAUUCCGAUUUUGUCUCCGUAAGUUGGGCGUGCAAGGUGUGUCCCGGCCAUUGCCUUGGCGGAGUCCACAAAUACGAGGAUUUCAAAUGGUACUUUACCCAAGAAACGACGAACUCGAUGGAGGACCAGCAUCUGGACGAGGAAGAGAUAACGAAGAACUGGAAAAAGAAAAUCGAAAAGGAAAUUGAAACCCUCCGUCUCGACGUGCUGGAGAUGAAAGCGCUGGCUAAUAAUCCGCCCACCACUAGGCCCGAAAACAUCCAGGAGAUGAUCACACCUGAGGAGGACAUCAACAAGAAACCUGCUGGUGAAGAUGAGAAAAUCGUCAAGGGUUUGUUUGAAACUACCAUUGAAAAUGGGGAAAAUGGCAAAUCGACAGAGCAAAUCCCGGAGAUUAAACCAUUGGAAUUCAAGCUCGAAUUGGGAAACAUGAUGUGCUCGGGGUAUUACCGUGCAUUUUUCGGUGGUUCCUUCAAUGGAGAAAAAGUUGCCAUCAAACGAGUUCGAGCUGACAGAACCAAAUUCCAUGAAAAUGAAGAAAAAAUACUUAAUAAAUUCAAUCAUCCCAACGUCAUUAAACUUUUGCAAAUGACGCAGGAUGCCAAUUAUCGAUUUUACGUCUUUGAACUGUCCGCUGGUACCAUCGAUGACUUUUGUUCACGCGAUUACAAAGGGAAAAUGCCAAGUGAUGACGAAGCUCUGAAGCAGAUGGCCGCAGGUUUGCUGUACAUUCACGGCAAGCGAUACGCCCACUCGAACAUCAGCCCUUACAGCGUUUUAAUUUCAUCUUCCGAGCCCGUCCGGUUGAUGAUUGCCAAAUUCGUCUCGUGUGAGCCAACGACUAACACGGGGACCUUUUCGAUUGAAUAUUUCAUGGGCGGUAGCGCUGAGGUGUGGAUGGCACCGGAACUUUAUGAUUAUUACGAUUAUUACGAUGGUUAUACCGACCAACAGCCAGUCAACUCCUUUAGCAUUGCCUGCGAUACGUGGUCACUUGGAUGCCUCUUUUUCUAUUUCCUAACGAGAGGAGUUCAUCCUUAUGGGGAUGACGAUGAAACCAUUCCAUGGAAAGUUCUGAUGAAACAAAAACCUGUCAAGCUUGAAGAAGCCUUGCAGGCAUCGAACCACGAAUUGAGUCCAGUUUACGAGUUGAUCCGUGAUAUGAUCGACCCACAACCGGAAAAACGUAUUUCGCUUGAAUCUGUCGUUAAGCGACUAGAGAAUGUGUUACCCCCAUCAGCAACGGCCUAAUUCUCCUACUUCCGCUCAAUAAUGGGAACUGUCCAUCAAAACAGAUGAAAAUGGACAAUUUUAAAAAUGUUGAAAUAAAAAAACGAGAAUUCGCUAGAGCUGGAAGAAAUAAUCUAAAACAAAUUUACAAUUAAUGAAACAGCAAUUACAGCUCUAAAUUUUGGAUAUUGAUACUCUUAGGCGCUCUUAGGGUCUACGUUACAAUUUCUUAUUAAUAGAUUGACGCGAUUAAGAAAA